GGGGUUUCCUUGUCUGUGACUGGAGACCGUCAAGGAAGGCAGGCCGAUGAUAACAGCAUCCACUGCUGUUAGUCAGCCUUCACAAAGCUCAAUGAACUGCUCAAAAAGAGGCCACUGAUCGUGCCUGCUGCUUUUUGCAGGGCAGAGAUACUGAUCAGUGUCUGCAAUCUGCAACCACCUUUUUUUUAAUGAGAUUUUUCUCAUAGACUUUCUCUGUUUGAGAGCUCGAGGUCUCUUUUCCACCAUGGUGCUAGGAAAGGUGAAGAGCUUCAUCGUAAGCUACGACUGUUUCAAUGACAGCAACGUCCCCGUGUUCUCCAGCGGGGACUGCGUCUCAGGGAGGGUGAUCAUCGAAGUCACCGGGGAAAUCCGCGUCAAGUCUCUGAAGAUCCACGCGAAGGGGUUCGCAAAAGUUCGCUGGACCGAGUCGAGAAACGCCGGAUCCAACACUGCCUACACCCAGAACUACACGGAAGAAGUGGAAUACCUAAAUCACAAGGACAUUUUAAUUGGACACGAAAGAGACGAUGACAACUCGGAGGAAGGACUCACCACCAUCCAUGCAGGAAGGCAUGAGUACGCGUUCAGCCUCGAGCUUCCACAGACACCUCUGGCUACCUCUUUCGAAGGAAAGCAUGGCAGUGUGCGCUACUGGGUAAAGGCAGAGCUGCACAGGCCAUGGCUCCUGCCAAUGAAGACCAAGAAGGAAUUUACAGUCUUUGAGCACAUUGACAUCAACACUCCAUUAUUGUUGUCACCACAGGCUGGCACUGCAGACAAGACACUUUGCUGUUGGUUCUGCACCUCAGGUCCUAUUUCCCUAAGUGCCAAAAUUGAAAGGAAGGGAUACACCCCAGGAGAGUCGAUUCAAAUCUUCGCAGAGAUUGAGAACUGCUCGUCCCGCAUGGUGGUGCCAAAGGCGGCCAUCUACCAGACCCAGACCUUCUAUGCCAAAGGGAAGAUGAAGGAGGUCAAGCAGCUGGUCGCCAACCUGCGGGGAGAGUCUCUGUCCUCCGGCAAAACGGAGACCUGGAACGGCAAGAUGCUGAAGAUUCCCCCCGUCUCGCCCUCCAUCCUGGACUGCAGCAUCAUCCGAGUGGAGUACUCUCUCAUGGUAUACGUGGACAUCCCGGGGGCGAUAAACCUGUCUCUGAACCUGCCCCUGGUCAUUGGAACCAUUCCCCUCCAUCCGUUCGGCUCCCGCACCUCAAGUGUCAGCAGCCAGUGCAGCAUGAGCUGGCUGAGCAUGGGUCUGCCAGAGAGGCCUGAAGCUCCUCCAAACUAUGCAGAAAUCGUGACGGACGAGCAGAGGCAAGGCCGUCUGUACGCCUCCGUGGUCCGAGAGGAGCUGGACGGUCCUCUUUUGGCCUACAUCCACGAGUUCCGCUUCCAACCCCCUCCUCUAUACUCUGAGAUCGAUCCCAAUCCAGACCACUCCAGCUGUGCAGAGGAGCGCAGGCUCGACGCCUGUCCGUCACGCUGAGCGUUCCUUUAAAUGAACCCCCCCGAGUGAGUCGGGGGCAGCUAAAGGAACCUGCUUGAAAGGCCGAGCUUUGAACAUUUUCUCAGAUGACAGCACUGACACUGUUGAGUUCUCGAUGAGGGGAAAAGAAAAAAAAAAACAAAACCCUGUGAGAUCUGAUCUACAAGGACUUUGCCUGACGUUGAGCUGGACGGGGGCGAACGUGUUCCGCCUCGCCGAACGCGCCCGAGAGAGGAAAAAGACGUCUCCAGUGUGGGCUUUCACCAUCUUCCUGAGGAAUAUUCAGCCCGCGUGGAGGCCAGCAGCGGAGCCCUGGUGAGGACGUUGAAGAGAAGGCAUCACCAAGGCUCAGCCUGCCGUGCUCCUCUUCAGCCUCCAUUCUUCUGUAUUUUUUGUGGCACAUUAAGGACAUGGCUCCUCCCACAAAUGGGGGGGGGGGGGAAACCACCCAUGUCCAGACUUCAGCAGAAUCACCUUGAAACAUGGGAUGAUGGAAGGACGGGAGCGAUUGUUUUUGCUAACCAUUAUAGUCUGUAUGAGUUGAAGCUUGCAGCGACGGUUAAAAACAGAGCAAAGACUGAUUCCUUUUGCCUCACGUGGGGAUUUUUUGUUUUGCACAUUUUCUUCUUUACUUGAGUUAGGUGGCUCUGUUUUUUUUGAGAUUUUUUUUUUUUUUUUUUUUUGGUUCUUUUUACACAAAUCACUAAUAGUUUGCAUUCAGUUUUUCAAAAGACCAGACCGAGAAUAGCAGACCGCAGGCUUAACUUUGGAGACUAUCAUCUGCAAAACGUUUGACUUUAAAAAAAAAAAAAAAAAAACAACAAAAAAAGACUGAAAAGUAUGAAAUGCACUGAACUCAUUUUGGGCAGAGACUUUUUUUUUUUUUUUUUUUUGUCUUUUUCUUCAGUUUUCUCAGUACACAGGGACGACUUGGUUACCUGCAGUUUUGUUUUCCCCUCUAACUGCAGGCGGACCCGCGUCUGGCUUCCCUCCUUUUGUGUUGCCUAGCUGUUAUUCUCUCUCCGUACUUUGAAUCUGCUCACAGCCUUUUCUGGGGCAUUUUUUUUUUUUUGUUUUGUUUUGUCCCAAGGUUGCUCCAGAUCUGGACUAUAGUGUGCUUGCAGUCCUGCUCUUGCCACUCAAAAUGUAGCUGACAAGAUAAGUAUACAUUAUAGAGGGACUCAGCCCUAACUGCCUGCAGCCCUUAGAGUCCUUGUGCCAGAGUAAGUCUGGCUUGCAUUAUUGCCCAAAAAGCACUGUCUCAGGUGGGGUUGUUGUUUUUUUUUUUUUUCAUUGCCAAGCAGUUGAAAUGGUGGAUUUUUUUUUUCAAUGUACUGUCAAAAUUAUUUGGUUAUUUUUUUUUUUAACUACCAAAAUGAGAGAACAGACUUGCAGACAAGCAAGGCAGCUUUUUGAGAUGAAUCACAUUCCCUUUUUGUCCUGCUGCACUUGCUUACUGCAUCCCAACUCACUGUUUUUUUUUUUUUAUUAAUUUUUUUUUUUUUUUUUUUUUUUUUUUUUUUUACCAGACCGGUGAAGCCAGAAUGCGAAAAUAAAAAUAAAUAAAUAGAGGAAUGUCUGCUUCUGUGUCGAAGAAGCAAACCCAGCACCGAUAUGAAGCUGGGAACUGUGCUGAACCUCUUGCUCAGGCUGGUCAGAACAAGUAGUAGUAGAAAAAAUGAGUAAUACAUUGGUUUUCUAACUCAUUUAAUAUAUUAGACCACUUGUAACAGAGGUUUGGCACGGUCAUAAAAAAAAAAGAAGACAAAGCGGCACUUUUUUUUUAUAUAGAAAUACAAUAAAAAGAUGCAUUCAGUGGUGAAGGUCUGGUUAAAAACAAGUAGGUACUAACCAUAGAGGGGCUUUCAGUAAGACAGUGUGGCUUGGGAUGUUAAAGCAUUAUUCACUGUUAGAAACUUUAUAACGUUUACAUUGUUUUAUUAUUAUUUUUCCUCCUUGGAACCUAGCUAACACUAGUUUGCGCGUGCACGCUCUUACAGGCCGCGCUGCCGGCGACCCCAACAGAGCGCGUGUGACGGCGAUGGACAAACUGCAGAAUGUUAAAGUGAUCUUAUCUUAGUGGCCUUGUUGCAGAAAAUAAAAGAGCUGAGCGCGAGCUCGCCGUCUCGUUCAGCGUCUGUUCUAACCGAUGUCCUCGUUCGUGUUCGUCCACGCCUGUGUUCUUUGAACUUUUUUGACGUUUUAUUCAGAAGGGCCGAAAAAGGGAAGAGGGGGAGAAAAAAAGAUUUGUUAAAGAAAUCUCCACUGAUGAAGAAUGGCGACUAUUAUCUGUGUUCCUCUGUUUUUGUGGGCAUUUGUACAGGUUGUAUUUCUAGCAACCUUUUAUUAAGUCUCCUGUCCCCCCACCCCAAAAACCCGAUCUGUGGGUGGCAGCUGUUGAUCAGCGCCCCACCCAGCACCCCCCACCCUCUCUCCCUGAGAAACAUUUAGAGAACUCGGGGUUGUAGACUAAACAAUUCCUUGGUUGUAAACUUGUCUAAACGCAGUUUGCAGUUCUUUGUUUGGUUUUUAUCUUCGGGAAACUAUGCGGUAAAGAAUAAGCUUUCUUUUUUUUUUUUUUUGUUUUUUUUUUUGUUUGUUUCAGGUUUGGUCAGUACCAUAGUCCAUUUGCUUGGGCUUCAGAAGUAGUCCAGUGUCAAAACUAAGCUAAACUCCUGACCUAGUAAUAAAGGCAGGAACUGAAAUGUUCAGAGAUUUUUUUUUUUUU